UAACCAGCUCCGACCUUUCUCCAAAAACACGCGAAAAACCCUACUAAAACCCCACUGAAACCCUUUCCAGUCCUGUGACUCCCCCAUUUCUCCAGUUCCCACAUUUCACAAUCUUCCUUUCUCCUUGCCAGUGUAACCCCCCCACCCCUCUCUCUCGAUCUCCUUCCUAAGCUUCUGUUUGAGGUUUCGGACUGCUUCCGAGAAAUUUUUAGUACUCGUUUCUUUUCGUUUCUUUUCAACUGCUGGAAUUAGAUGUAGAAUCAGAACAGAAGUUGCUAAUCUAUCUCACUUCAGUUCUCUAGGAAGAUAUAUAUAUAUUUUUUCUACCUCUUGCUUUAGUGGAAUUACGGAAGAAAGAUUGAGUUUUUCACUUUUACAUAUAAAUAUAUAUUUUUGAGCCGACUCCACCAAGAAAUUUCUCUCUCUCUCUCUCUCUAUAUAUAUAUAUAUAUAUAUAUACAUAUAUUAAUUUGGAUUGGAAGAUGCCGCUCGGACAAAGGGCAGGGGAUAAGAGCGACUCCCGAUACUGUGGAGUUGAGACAGAAUUUGAUGACGACAUGCCUCAGGUUUUGUCCUUCAAUAUCUCCGGCGGAUUCGAUUUUGUCGUUUCUACUCUGAUUGAUCCCAGUUAUAGGCCCAGCUUGGCAAAAAAUGAUGGCAAUGGAGCUUGUGUUCUGCCAUUUGCCGGGUCGGACUUAGUUUUAAGCCCCUCACAAUGGAGUAGUCAUGUUGUGGGAAAAAUUAGCUCAUGGAUUGACUUGGAUUCAGAAGAUGAAGUACUUAGGGUGGAUUCUGAAAUUGCCCUGAAGCAAGAAAUAGCAUGGGCUUUACAUCUCUCCUUGCAGGCUUGUCUUCUACCUGCUCCCCGAGGGGAAUCAUGUGGUAAUUACGCAAGAUGUGUGAAUCAGAUUUUGCAAGGUGUAAACAAUAUGCAGUUGUGGCUUAGGGUGCCAUUGGAAAAGGCUGAGUGUGCAGAUCAAGAUGCCAUGGAUGAGAACUGCAAUAAUUUGAGUGGAGGGCACAUGCUUGAUACCUGGGAAUGGUGGAACUCAUUCCGUCUGCUCUGUGAACAUCACAGUCAGCUGUCAGUAGCCCUUGACAUAUUGAGUUCUCUACCAUCUGCAAAUUCACUUGGGCGCUGGUUUGGGGAGCCUGUUAGGGCUGCCAUCAUCAAUACCAAUUCGUUCCUAACAAAUGCACGGGGAUACCCUUGUCUAUCUAAGCGCCACCAGAAGCUAAUGGCGGGGUUUUUUAACCACUCAGUUCAGAUUGUAAUUUCUGGAAAAUUAGCGCACAAUGUUUUUCUAGGCAGCUCUGAAUGCUCAUCAGCUAACAAGAACGAUAAUAAUGUUGAAGGUGUGGCUAGACAUCCAUUAAGGUCCUACUUGGACUAUUUUGGGUAUCUCUACCAACGGAUGGACCCACUUCCAGAACAAGAACGUUUUGAGCUUGGGUACCGGGACUUCCUACAAUCUCCGUUGCAGCCUCUCAUGGAUAAUCUAGAGGCUCAAACUUAUGAGACAUUCGAGAAAGACACAGUAAAAUAUUGCCAGUACCAAAGGGCAGUGCACAAAGCUUUACUUGAAAGGGUACCCGAUGAAAUAGCUUCUACUACAACCACUGUACUAAUGGUUGUGGGAGCAGGACGAGGACCUCUUGUUAGGGCUUCGUUGCAGGCAGCUGAAGAAACUGGCAGGAAAUUGAAAGUUUAUGCUGUGGAGAAAAAUCCAAAUGCAGUUGUGACACUCCACAGCUUGCUUAAGCUAGAGGGCUGGGAGAGCAUUGUGACUGUAGUUUCUAGUGAUAUGCGUUGCUGGGAUGCCCCUGAGAAAGCUGACAUCUUGGUGAGUGAGCUGCUUGGGUCUUUCGGUGAUAAUGAGCUGUCUCCUGAGUGCCUUGAUGGAGCACAAAGAUUUUUGAAACCAGAUGGGAUUUCGAUUCCAUCAUCGUACACGAGUUUUAUCCAGCCAGUAACAACAUCAAAACUAUAUAAUGAUGUGAAGUCGCAUAAAGAUGUUGUGCACUUCGAAACUGCUUAUGUUGUCAAAUUACACAGUGUAGCAAGACUCGCUCCUUCACAACCUGUAUUCACAUUUAUGCAUCCGAACUUCUCAACUAAGAAAAGCAAUCAACGGUAUACGAAGUUGCGGUUUGAGGUACCUAGUGACACUGGAUCCACCAUGGUUCACGGAUUUGCUGGCUAUUUUGAUGCAACAUUAUACAAAGAUGUUCAUCUUGGUAUUGAACCAACUACUGCGACGCCAAAUAUGUUCAGCUGGUUUCCAAUCUUUUUCCCGCUGCGUGCGCCUAUUUGCGUACAUCCGGAUUCACCUUUAGAAGUUCACUUCUGGCGGUGCUGUGGUUCAAGCAAGGUUUGGUAUGAAUGGUGCAUCACAUCACCUUGUGCAUCGCCGAUACACAACCCCAACGGUCGUUCUUAUUGGGUCGGACUGUAUUUAACUUUCGAUCUUACCUUUUUAAUGGUCGAAGCUGGUACGUGGGAGGAGAAGAACCUUAAUACAUGGGCAAGCAAUAGGAUAAAGGAGUUGCUUGGCGCCAUGGGCUCCUUGGAGUUUUCUUGCGGAAAAGCAGAUAUUGCAGAAGUAUCUAGAUGUUCUGGUGAUGCAUUCAUGGUGACUGUACGAAACAAGAAGCGUGUUGGAUACACAUACGAAUUAACACUGAAAUUCAAGGGGGAAUGGUUAAUUAAAGAGGAGACAGAGAAGAUCAAGGGCCACAUAGAUAUUCUGGAGUUCUCAUUUGGUGAACUAGAUGAUUUGCAGAUGGAAGUGAGGCUCAGCGAGGAGAAGGAUAUCAUUGAGGCAGAUAAACAGCGGAUCAGCAAGGACAUUAGGCUUUUUCUGCAGCCCAUCCGUGAAAAACUUGUUCAAUUUGAACAGGAGCUUAAAGAUAGGUAGUGGGGAUGGAAGAAGCUUUAUUAUGGUUCUUUUUCAGUUCCAUAAGUGUAGCUAUUCUGCACUCAUUUCAUGCCAUGAUAUUAUCUGUUGAAUCUAGUUGUCAUUUACCUUAGAUUUGAAAGGAGGAAUCCUGAGAGCGCCUUAAAAUUUUUUGGAGGGCUAUAAUGGUAUUUAUGUAAUAGGAAAUCUUUUCUCCUUUAACGUUAGGACUUGGAUUAAUCCUAGACUGUGUUAUGAAACAACUUUUUCUUUGGUA